AGGUGGCGGGUCGGUUGCAAACACAAAACACAAAUGGCCGUUUACUGUUUGAGUUCGCGUACGAAAAACCGUCCGAAAUUGAAUGCGGUGGCAUGAAUAAACGUGAAAAGUACGUUCGUUGCAUGUUGAUGUGUUUGUCGUUUUGUGCUCGUUGAACUUUCUGUGUGGUUGUCCGUGAUGUUCAGGUUCUUGAGCGGUCGGAAGGGCAGAGACGUCGCCCCCGGACAGCGCGCCGCCCCCGCGCACAAGAACUUGCUGCAGUGUCGCGUCGUUUUGCUGGACGGCAGCGAUUUGAGUGUCGAACUGACCAAAAAGGCGAAAGCGAGAGAUUUGUACGAACAAGUGUUUUACUCGUUGGACCUGAUCGAGAAAGAUUAUUUCGGUUUGCAAUUCACGGACGCGAAUCACGUAAAACACUGGCUGGAUCCCACGAAAACGAUCAAAAAACAAAUCAAAAUCGGGCCGCCUUACACGUUGAGAUUGAAGGUGAAGUUUUAUUCUUCUGAACCUAACAACUUAAGGGAGGAACUGACGCGUUACCAGUUCUUCCUGCAGCUAAAGCAAGACAUUUUGGAGGGACGAUUGGAAUGUCCGCACGAAACGGCAGUUAAAUUGGCAGCUCUAGCACUUCAAUCCGAAUUAGGAGACUAUGAAGAAAGUCAACACACUGCAGCUACUGUGUCCGAGUUUCGGUUUGUUCCCGAUCAAACGGAAGAAAUGGAAAUCGAGAUACUGGAAGAGUUCAAGAAGUGCAAAGGUCUGUCGCCUGCGCACGCCGAACAGAGCUACCUGAACGAGGUCAAGUGGUUAGAAAUGUAUGGUGUUGAUAUGCACACUGUUUUGGGCAAAGACGGCAUGGAAUACCGUUUAGGUUUGACGCCGACCGGGAUUUUGGUGUUUGAAGAGCCCAAUCAGAAAAUCGGACUGUUCUUCUGGCCAAAAAUCGGCAAGUUGAACUUUAAGAAGAAGAAACUGACCCUUGUGGUAGUUGAAGACGAUGAUCAAGGUCGGGAACAAGAACACACAUUCGUCUUCAGAUUGCACAACGAAAAGGCGUGCAAACACUUGUGGAAGUGUGCGAUCGAACACCACGGCUUCUUCCGUCUCCGUGCUCCAGUAAAGGGGCCUUCAGCACGUCAAAACUUCUUCCGCAUGGGUUCGAGGUUCCGGUAUUCGGGCCGCACCGAAUACCAGAGCACUUAUCAGAACAGGGCUCGUAGGACGGUGCAGUUGGAGCGAAAGCCGAGCCAGAGAUACGGUAGGAGGCAGAGCCACGUGCUGAGGGAGAGACAGAAGCAGCAGCAACAGCCCGAGGCGGAGAACGCGUCCAGUUUGCAGCCGUCUUCCAGCAGAUGCAGCGAACGAUCUAACAAAUCUAAUGGCACCAGUGCAACGGAUAACGAUCCUUUGUAUUGCAAAAUUAGUGACGAUGUUACUAAAAGUCUAACACCGACCGGCCCUGAAUCACUAGGUUUGAUAAGUCAAAACAGUUUUGGCAAAGGGUCCGUUGGAAAGAAUUCGGUUGGAUGCAGCUCUUCUUACAGCCCGGUUUUGUCUGUGUCAAGCAAAAACGGCACGUUAAAGAGGAACAAGACACCAACAGUGACAGCAACUAGUCCAACUCCGUCUAAUAACGACAGCCAGUUGGACUUUUUACUGAAGAGUUUGGCUAAAGAAACCUUAAAUGGGAUCAACAUAGACGAGACUAGAAAUGACAUGAACAAAAUUGAUGAUGGAGAGACAGAAAGUCACAAGUCGCUUCCUGCUGAAAUAAUACCGAAUAACUUCGCCAAACACAACACAACAACAGCUAAACCCUUGCCGCCCGGUCAAGUUAAAUGCAACAUCCUUAAAGCAAAACUAGAGGAGGAACUGAACGCCAACGUAAAACUGACGAAUCAAAUGUUCGUCGCGGCCAACGACGAAACGAAUUUGAACUCUUUGAACGCGGCCACUUUCGUUUCAGUUGGCGGUGACAAACUCACUCUCUCGGUCUCCGGGCCGGCAACACCACCCCCGGCUCCCGCAGCUAAACUAGACAACUCCGAAACCGACGGUAAGAUCUCGAAUUCGUCGGUUUCAGUUACGUUUUUCGGUCACGCGGAUAACGGGCGUUUGGGUCAUCUGAUGCUAGGGGAGAAUAACAAUCCGUUCGCCAGUUUACAGUUGCACGAAUCCAAUCCCUUCCAUCCUAAGAACAAUCCAUUUAGGGACGUGGAACCGGAUGAGGAAGACAAGAGCGACAACACUGAGCAAAAGGACGAUCAGACCAGUGAUUCGACGACCAACGAAUCGUCAGAGCCGACUACACCAGCCAGUCCAAACUUAAGUAAACUGUCACCUUGGUUGGUGUCACAAGAAGUGAUCUCAUCGCCGGUUUCGAAGGCCGAAACUGUUAUCAGAAAAUCGGUGAUAACCACACAGUUAUAGCGAUUGUGGGUUGAGGUUUUAGAUGUAGACCGAGCUUUUAUUAUUGUUUAGGCGUUUAAGCUCUCUGAUUUUAUUUUCAACAGUCGCAAUAAUCGUACUUAAUAAUUUUUAUUUCAUUUUUUUUAGUUUUUCGGUAUAGUUUAUAUAACUUUAAUUGUACAUAUUUAAGUAUUAUUUUUUAUUCAUCGAAAUAUACAAAAAAAAAAAAAAAUGGGACCAGUUAUAACAAGUGUCAUCAAUUAAAUAUAACAAUACAAAGUGCCAUUACGACAGAUUUUUUAUACAAUUAUACAUGCUUAUAUUUUAUAAAGUUUACAAAUUGAAUUGUGUCCGUCCUCAAAUCAAACAUGUAUUAUUCGAAUAAAGUAUUUAUAUUACGUUA